AUGGCCCUCAAAACAUAUCAGACAGAACUCAUUGAACAUGGCAUGGCCGCCGGUGCGCUCAAGUUCGGCAGUUUCACCCUGAAAUCUGGCCGCCUUUCACCCUACUUCUUUAACGCCGCCCUUCUCGCCUCGGGCCCCGUUCUCGACACCCUUUGUUCCGCGUAUGCUACGACCAUCGCUGGGGCGCUCGCAUCUGGGGCACUGCCCGAGUUCGACGUCCUCUUCGGCCCCGCAUACAAGGGCAUUCCCUUUGCGGCCGGUGCCGCGCUCCUCCUCCAUCGCGAGCAUCAGCUCAGCGUCGACUUCGCGUACAACCGCAAGGAGGCCAAGGACCACGGUGAAGGCGGCAUCACCGUUGGCGCGCCCAUCGCUGGCAGGCGGGUCCUCAUCCUCGACGACGUCGCGACUGCGGGGACCGCGAUCCGUGGCGCGAUCGACAUCGUCAAGCGCGAGGGUGGCUCCGUGGUGGGCGCUGUGCUCAUGCUCGAUCGUCAGGAGGUUGGGAAGGACGGGCGCAGUACUAUCGCCGAGGUCGAGGAGCUCGUCGGAGGCAAGGGCCGCGUGCCGACCAUCCUGCAGAUGACCGACCUUAUGCAGUGGCUUCGGGAGCACGGCCGCCUAGCAGAACUCGGGGAGAUGCAGGAAUACUGGGAGAAGUACGGUGUGAAGGAGGACUGA